AUGGGGAUCAAGUUUCUCGAGUUUGUGAAGCCUUUUUGUGCAGUAUUGCCAGAAAUCUCUAAACCGGACAGAAAAAUCCAGUUUCGAGAGAAGGUGCUAUGGACUGCAAUCACACUUUUCAUUUUCCUUGUUUGUUGUCAGAUUCCUCUUUUUGGAAUCAUGUCUUCAGACUCUGCCGAUCCAUUUUACUGGAUCCGUGUAAUCCUUGCCUCCAACAGAGGAACCCUAAUGGAAUUGGGUAUCUCUCCAAUUGUGACUUCUGGUCUCAUUAUGCAGUUGUUGGCUGGUGCUAAAAUUAUUGAAGUUGGUGACACUCCCAAAGACCGAGCACUUUUCAAUGGGGCCCAAAAACGUAAAAAUGCCAGUGCUACUGCGUCUGCCAGAGCUUUAGAAAGUCCUGUGCAGACCGUCAAUCGUCGUUUGAGGAAUUCCAGAUCUACUGCGUCUGCCAGAGCUUCAGAAAGCCCUGGGGUACGGCGAGCACGACCCGACAAUAAGGGCCAAAUCACAAGGACAGAUGCCCAGCGUCGCAGUUUUUUUGGUAUGAUUAUCACCAUUGGUCAAGCUAUUGUGUAUGUGAUGACUGGAAUGUAUGGAGACCCUGCAGAAAUUGGACCAGGUGUUUGCUUGCUUAUUAUCAUCCAAUUGUUUGUGGCUGGGUUGAUUGUCCUUCUCCUUGAUGAGUUGUUGCAAAAAGGCUAUGGACUUGGUUCUGGAAUUUCUCUCUUCAUUGCCACCAAUAUUUGUGAAACAAUUGUGUGGAAGGCAUUCAGUCCUGCAACUGUCAACACUGGCAGAGGCACAGAAUUUGAAGGUGCUAUUAUUGCUCUUUUCCACUUAUUGGCAACCCGGAAUGACAAAGUCAGGGCUUUGCGUGAAGCUUUCUACCGACAAAACUUACCAAACUUGACCAACUUGAUGGCCACUGUUUUUGUGGGAUUCCGUGUAGACCUGCCAAUCAAAUCUGCCCGUUACAGAGGACAAUACAGCUCUUACCCUAUCAAAUUAUUCUACACUUCCAACAUCCCCAUCAUCCUUCAAAGUGCACUGGUAUCCAAUUUAUACUUCAUUUCUCAGAUGUUGGCCAAUAAAUUCCAUGGAAAUAUCUUUGUAAAUCUUUUGGGAGUUUGGACCAGUGAAGGUGGUGGACCAGCCCGAUCUUAUCCCACUGGUGGUUUGUGCUACUACCUUUCACCCCCAGACACACUGACACAUGUUGUAGAAGAUCCAAUCCAUGCUAUGGUCUACAUCUUCUUUAUGUUGGGUUCUUGUGCUUUUUUCUCAAAAACUUGGAUUGAAGUAUCAGGAUCCAGUGCCAAAGAUGUUGCCAAACAAUUGAAAGAGCAACAAAUGGUGAUGAGGGGACACAGAGAGAAAUCUAUGAUUCAUGAAUUGAACCGUUACAUCCCAACUGCUGCUGCCUUUGGAGGUUUGUGUAUAGGAGCCUUGUCCGUUUUGGCUGACUUCUUAGGUGCCAUUGGCAGUGGAACGGGUAUCCUGCUGGCUGUAACCAUCAUCUACCAAUAUUUUGAGAUUUUUGUAAAAGAACAGAGUGAAAUGGGUGGCAUGAGCACUCUUCUAUUCUAG